AUGUCAAACCCAGCCGCCAUCACAGCCACCUACACCUCCGAAACCAACGCCCCCUUCACCCUCUCCCUCCCCCAAACAACCCCCACCUCGACCGGUGCGGUAAAAGCCAAGCAGCAAUCCCUCUCCCAGCUCCGGGACUCGGUCCACUCCCUCCAAGCCACCAUCAACAAGGAGCUCACCCAAAGAAUGGAAGAAGACAACGCCCGCGCUGGAACAGCUGCGGUGGACAAGAAAGAGGAGGAGAACUACGGAGAGGAGGUCGUCGAGGAGGAUUGA